AUGAAGCUGGUUCCCGUCGCCCUCCUGUACCUGAGCUCGCUCGCCUUCCUGGGCGCCGACAGCGCGCAGCUCGACGUGGCGGCGGAGUUCCGAAAGAAAUGGAACAAAUGGGCGCUGAGCCGUGGGAAGAGGGAACUUCGAGUGUCCAGCAGCUCCCCCACGGGGCUCGCGGACCUGAAGACCGGGCUUGCCGAAACCAUCGUGCAGCCUCAGGACGUGAAGGGGCCCUCCCGCGGCGCCCAAGCCAGCGGCCCGGACACCGCCCGCAUCCGUGUCAGGCGCUACCGCCAGAGUAUGAACCGAUACCAGGGUCUGCGGAGCUCCGGCUGCCGCUUCGGGACGUGCAGCGUGCAGAAGCUGGCGCACCAGAUCUAUCAGCUGACAGACAAGGACAAGGACGGCGUCGCCCCCAGGAACAAGAUCAGCCCCCAGGGCUACGGCCGCCGGCGCCGGCGCUCCCUGCCCCAGGCCGGCCCGGGCCGGACUCUGCUGUCCCCUCCAGCCUCCCGCUCCGAUCAAGUGCUCGCCGCCCUCUUUAGGAUUUAG